UGACUGCUCAGACCUCACACAGAGAGCAGAGCCACUGGACGUCCCAGGCGUGCUCCCGGCAUGGAUUCCCUGGUGACUGCGCUCUGGACGGUGCUCCAUGCGCGCACUCUCCUGAUGGGCGCUGUCGCCUUCCUGUUCUUUGCUUAUGUCUUCAGAAAGCGGCGCCCCAAGAACUGCCCACCGGGGCCCUCGAUCCUGACCGUCCUGGGAAACCUCCUCCUGGACUUUGAGCAGUUGUGCUUGCGUGUUCAGCAGCUGGUGAAGAAAUAUGGAAAUGUUUUUGGCAUGAGUUUUGGUGACAUAUACUUAGUUGUUGUAACUGGAUUGCCCUUGAUCAAAGAAGCCCUUGUCGAAAAGAAUCAGGACUUCAUUAAUCGCCCUGUGACCCCUAUCCGCAAUCGUAUCUUUAAGACAAAUGGAUUGGUCAUGUCCAGUGGCAAGACAUGGAAGGAGCAAAGAAGGUUCACCCUGACAACAUUGAGGAACUUCGGUUUAGGAAAGAAGAGCUUAGAGGAACGUAUUCAAGAGGAGGCCUACUACCUAAUCCAACUGAUAAAAGAGGAGAAUGGACAGCCAUUUGACCCUCAUUUCAAGAUCAACAAUGCAGUUUCCAAUAUUAUUUGUUCUAUCACCUUUGGGGAACGCUUUGAGUACCAGGAUGAAAAAUUCCAGGGACUUCUAAGGAUGCUGGAUGAAGUCGUAUAUCUGGAAGCUUCUACAUGGUGUCAGUUCUAUAAUAUGUUUCCAACAUUAAUGAAUUUAUUACCUGGACCUCAUAGAACACUCUUUAAUGACUGGGAAAAUCUGAAAUUGUUUGUUGCUGAAAUGAUUAAAAACCACAAGAGAGAUUGGAAUCCUGAUGAACCAAGAGACUUUAUUGAUGCUUAUCUGAAUGAAAUAGAAAAGCAUAAAGGUGACACCUCUUCCAGCUUCGAUGAAGAAAACCUCAUCUACACCACCCUGGACCUCUUCACUGCUGGCACUGAGACAACUUCAACUACACUGCGCUGGGGUCUUCUCUACAUGGCUCUCUACCCAGACAUCCAAGAAAAAGUACAUGCUGAGAUUGACAGAGUGAUUGGCCAGAUGCAGCAGCCAAGCAUGGCCCUUCGAGAGUCCAUGCCCUACACCCAUGCAGUGGUCCAUGAGGUGCAAAGAAUGGGAAACAUCAUCCCAUUGAAUGUGCCCAGGGCAGCGGCAGCAGAUACCACUCUGAAUGGAUAUCAUAUUCCCAAGGGGACCUUGGUCUUAACCAACCUGAUAACUCUGCACAGAGACCCUGCGGAGUGGGCCACCCCUGACACAUUCAAUCCAGAACAUUUUCUGGAGAAUGGAAAAUUUAAGAAAAGGGAAGACUUCCUGCCUUUCUCCAUAGGAAAGCGGGCAUGCCUUGGAGAACAGUUGGCUAGGACUGAGUUGUUUGUUUUCUUCACUUCGCUCAUGCAGAAGUUUACCUUCAGGCCCCCAGACAAUGAGCAGAUGAGCCAGAAGUUCAGGAUGGGCCUCACUGUUGCCCCUGUCAAAUACCGAAUCUGUGCUCUCCCCAGGGCCUAGAGGCUCAGGGAGAAGAAGAAAAGGCCCUGGGAAGGGGUGACGUAUGAAGGCCCGUGGCUGCUCAGAAACCGGAGCCGCAAUGGAAGUGGAACUGAAAGAAGAUGGGGAAAGUGGACUCAGAGGAACCCCACACCUCUAUUUCCAGGUCUUCUAGACCCCUGAGUAGUGUAGCCAUGAAUUAUUUAUCCUUUUUCACAGGAGAUGAAAGGAGGCCAUGGUUCUCUAAUGAAGAAUUGAUGUAACGAUCAGAGCAUGUCAUAGAUCCUAUUGAGUUUGAGAAACCAUAAAACAAUCUGAAAACUGGAACCUAUUGUUUCUUUCCUUCACACGUUUUCACUGUGGUCUCAGGGGAUGGCCCAGGUUUCUCAGGGAAUAGAGGGUUGAGAGGAGCUGGAAGUCAGAUCCCCCCAGGGAUGCCCACGUCAAUAUUGGCCUUGAAGAUCCUCACAACUGCAGCCCUGGGUGCUAUCUUUCUUGUUCCUGCCUCAGCACGCCUUCAAAAAAGUCAGCA